AUGAGUGCCCUACUAUCCAGUGAUGAUCUAAACGACUUUAUCAAACCCAGUGUGGCGUGCAUCAAGCCUGUUGAAGGGCCUGACCUCCAAUCAACCUCAUCGAUCCAAAUCUCCGGUGACGAUAGUAAUCCUCUUGAAGUUUUCACUGAUGGCACUUCCAAAUCUUUAGAACCAGCCCAGAUCUCCCUUAGUGACUGUCUUGCCUGUUCAGGAUGCAUCACCUCGGCAGAAGAGAUCUUGGUGGCCCAACAUUCGCACAAAGAAUUGCUCAACGCCAUCAAGAAUAAACACGAUACCAAGUUCGUCGCCAGCAUUUCCCAUCAAUCAAGAGCCUCGUUGGCAUUGGCGUACAAUGUCUCAAUCGAGGUAAUGGAUAUCAUUCUUAUUGAUUUGUUUUCCACAAAAUUUGGCUUCCAAUAUAUCGUGGGCACAGAACUUGGUAGACUCAUCUCCCUUCAGCAAUCAAUUGAAGAAAUUGACAAUUAUAAAUCCCAAAAAAAUAAUAAUAAUAAUAAUAAUAAUAAUCACGGUGGCCCAUUAAUGAGUAGUGUAUGUCCCGGGUGGGUAUUAUACGUUGAAAAAACCCAUCCUGAAAUCAUUCCCAACUUAUCAAUCGUGAAAUCCCCUCAACAGAUCACUGGAUGCUUGUUGAAACACAGUGCUUCUCAAUCAUUAGGAGUCCCUAUCGAUAAAGUUUAUCAUGUCUCCAUCAUGCCGUGUUUUGACAAAAAAUUAGAAGCCGCUAGACCAGAAAAUGAUGGUAAUAGCAAUAAUAAUAAUGUUAAUGAUGUCGAUUGCGUUAUCACUGCCAAAGAAUUGGUCCAAUUGAUGAACGACGAGAAUUUGCUGUUUGAAAAUUAUGUCAAUGAAAUAACCAGCAACCCAGAAUUACCAAAGUUGCUACAAACAAUCGACAUCAUCAGGAAAAAAUAUUCUCCGGAAUUGUUCAAAUUUGGGGUGGAGUCUUGGUAUUCCAAUCUCGGGUCGGCGUCUGGCGGGUAUGCUCACAAUUACAUCAACUAUUUACAGAAAAAACAUUGUUCAAAAUCCACCGAAGUUGUCACAAUUAAUGGGAGAAACGAAGAUAUCUACGAAAUUCGAUUGGUCGAUACCGAUUCCAAAGAAUUAUACGGGUCAGUAGCAAUAGUCAAUGGGUUCCGUAAUAUUCAGAAUCUCAUUAGAAAAGUUGGAGAACUAAAUGGUGGCAAGAAACCCAUCCGUAAGAAAGGAGGUUUAUUAGCCAGAAGAAGGGCAAAAUUGGCCGGCGCUGCUGCCACCGUUCCUGCAAAGACCGUGGUGAAAGAAAUAGCCGAUGGUUUAAAUUGUGAUUAUGUCGAAGUCAUGGCGUGCCCUGGUGGGUGUAUUAAUGGUGGUGGUCAGAUCAGUGCUCCUGGAGAUAAUAAUGUUGGUACCGCCAAUGCUGCCAAACUCUGGCAACAACAGAGUAUUGUGAAGUACCAAUCGAUCGUGACGAUUCAAGACGUGCUUGAUGAUUCUUUAACCACAGGAGUGCAACAUUACAUGAAAGAUUUUGGUGGGUAUUUCGGGGUGUCUAUGUCCAGAAUAACUGAAGCCCACUUCCAGAAGGUGCAAUCGACUAACGUUGACAACUCUGCCAUUGCCUUGACCUCUACUUGGUGA